CCUCUCUGUUUCUCUCUCUCUCUCUCUCUCUCUCGCUCGCGAGUUUCGCUGAUCUUUCUUAUUGGUCGCUCCGCGCUUAACCUGCGCACACCCCCACCGGCGCACGGUAGCCCGGGCCUCCCCUCCUCCCCCAUGGAAGACGACGACGAGAUCCGCUCGCCGCCGACCCCCGGCCCCCCCAGCGCGUCGCCGUCGCCGUCGCCGUCGCCGCGCCGCGCCGCCAACGGCCGCAUAACGGUGACGGUCCCCCCCGCCUCCUCCAGCGCCGACGCGGCGACAUCUCCGGCGCAGCCGCAGCCGCAGCAGCCGCCCCCGCACAACAGCCUCGCCCUGGCCCUCCCGAUCCAGCACCCGAGGGCCGGCUACGGCGGCGGAGGAGGAGGCGGCGGCGGCGGGGGAGGAGGGGGAGGGCGCGAGGACUGCUGGAGCGAGGGCGCGACGGCGGUGCUGAUCGACGCCUGGGGAGAGCGGUACCUGGAGCUGAGCAGGGGGAAUCUGAAGCAGAAGCACUGGAAGGAAGUCGCCGACGCGGUGAGCAGCAGAGACGACUACGCGAAGCCGCCGAAGAGCGACAUCCAGUGCAAGAACAGGAUCGACACGGUGAAGAAGAAGUACAAGCUCGAGAAGGCCAAGAUCGCCGCCGGCGGAGGCCCGACCAAGUGGAGGUUCUUCGACAAAUUGGAACAGCUGAUCGGACCGUCCGCGAAGUACACCUCCCCGGCGGCCGCCGCGGCGACCCCGAGCCCCGUGCGGACGCAGAAAGAUGUCCCGGUAGGUAUCCCCGUCGGAAUCAGGUCGUUGGUCGGCGGUCAACACAAGGACCAUCGAUCGUCGCAAACGCAGCAACAGCACAAGCAAGGGCAGCAACCGCGGGGCGGCCAGAAGAUGCAGAUCCGGAAGCGUAGGAAGGCGGAGUCGGAGUCGGAGUCCGACCACGACGGCUCCUCCACCGACAGCCUGCCGCCGGAGAUUCGCCGCCCUAAGAGGACGAAGCCCGGGAGAGAGGUGAACCUGAACAAGACGGCGGCGGGGCCGCCGAAGCAGAAGGGGAACGGGUUGGGGAGCUCGAUCGACGACCUGACCCACGCGAUCGCGAACUUCGGGGAGGUGUACGAGCAGACGGAGAGCGCCAAGCUGCAGCAGGUGGUGGAGAUGGAGAAGGAGAGGAUGACGUUCGCCAAGGAGCUGGAGCUGCAGAGGAUGCAGUUCUUCAUGAACACCCAGAUGGAGAUCUCCCAAAUUAAACACCGUCCUGGCAAGAAGGCCGGGGUCGGCGGCGGCGGCGGCAGAGGAGGAGGAGGAGGCGGCGGCGGCAGCGGCAGCGGUGGAGGGAGCGGUGCGAACCACCAGCAUAGGAACAAGAACAAGAACAAGAACAACAACAACAACAGCGACGACAGUAACUAGAUUUUGCGACCGCAAGCGUAGAAAUUUAUGUAGAGUUUUCUAGGAAAUCUCUGAUUCAUGUGGUGAAGAAGAAGGCUGAAAGUCGAGGUUGUGUUCCUGGGGGUGUUAAUGUUAGUCUGUAUCUUGAAUUGGGCUUUUGUCAAAUAUGAUAAUCCAAGGCAUAAUGGCAAAAUCCUCUCGAAUUAGAACUGUCCAAA